ACCGGUAACCGGUACCAUACCAGCUGCGCCGUUCCAACGACGGUACCGUGCGAAAUGUUUUGAGCAACCAGAAAUUAACGUCUAAGUCGUUCUGAAACAGAUGUUCUGUGUAACAAGAUACGUUCAGGAUGGUGCCCCUCACCUUCCGAGUGACUUAUAACCCCCGUCAAGAGAAUGAAGUGGUCUGUAUCACAGGAAGUGUGCAAUCAUUGGGGUCAUGGUCUCCACUUUCAUUGAAAUCAAUGACCAAAGAUCAAUCAGGAUCAAGAUGGACAUGCAGUAUAGAAGCAGCAGAAGGAUCAGUCAUUGAAUACCGCUAUGCCGUCUGUAAAUUCAUACACUCGUCAACUCCUCAAAUUCUCCAAUGGGAAACCAAUCUAUCUCCACGUCGAUUCACUCUCUCAGAUAUACCUUGCAGCACAGAUUUGGAAACCUUUGGGAAAUUUGGAAAUUGCAGUGUACAGAGAGGCCCUUUACUAGCCACCAGAGAAAUCCACCUGAUGUUUGAGAAGACCAACCUCACCAGGUUGGUGUCCAGUCUGUAUUCCAGUCUUUGCCGUCUUGGUAUAAAAGCCAUAGAUGUCACAGACUCCAAGUUUGACAUUCCUGUUCUUGUGCAUAAUCUAUGUGCAGAUGAUAUUGAGCCAAGACCUCAAAGUGAACAUGGAGAGAGGUUAGCAACGAGCUCAGACGUACUUCUUUUCACAACACAAGGUUUACCUGCAAACCAUGAAGUGAUAUUCAUCAUUAAGUUAAUGCAAGAAGGAGGUGCCCUGCCUGCCCAAAGUGAGAGUCCCAAACGGUUAAAGGGAGAUAUCAGCGUUCUGGCAGAAUGUGGCAUUAUGAGCACUACUCUGAUCAACAGCGUCGGGAAAGUCCCUCUCUACUUCUUUGAUGAUGCCGGUGUCUCACUGGGUCAUGUGAUCGGUAAGCCGUCGCUUUGUUAUCGGAUACCUUAAAAUAACAUUAUCGUUCAUCAAGUAUGCUAUGAAAUGA